ACCAACCAAGGGGGUUCUCUGAGCAAAGUUGCCUCGGAGUCCUCUCAUGAUGAACCUUCUACCUCUCCGGCGGAGAUUACUCCAGACCCUUCUUCGAAGUCUCUAACAGAACUGGGCUUCUAUUCGGGAAAGUCUCUAGUCUGCGAAGGAAGCUCAUGCACAGGGGAGGAAGAUGUCUGAACGGGCCCGAGAGCUAGCUAAAGGACCGGCCCCCAGCGACAUCAACCAUCACCCAGACGUGGCAACCUUCGCCAUUCUUGGCUUCAUGGAGCAGGCUCAUGCCACUGUCUUGAAGCUGUCUGAGGAAUAUCUUGGAGCCUGCUUUUGGAACUCUCUAGCUUACUCUUUCCUUGGCAAGUUGAAUGACGAUCGGGAACUCUGGAAGAUCAAGUGUGUAGAGCUCAAGAGAAAAUUUGACCUGUCGCGGGGUUCUGCCGAGUCCUCCCAGACCCAAGAGUUAGAACUGGAGCUGAAGUCCAAGGAAGCCCAGGCGGAGUCCUUAAGGACGCAAAUCACCGGUGUCGCGGAUCAAACAGAAGUCUUGGAACUUGAGUUCCAAAAGCUCAACUCCAAGAUUAUUGGGAUGGAAUCGGGAAAAGCUGCCCUUCACCCGGCCCUGGAAGAGAAAGAAUCCCAACUCUUGACGUCCUCCCAACUGAUUGAAAAGCACGCAGCCAUAGUUCAGGACAAGGAUACAGAGAUUGCCAAGCUAGGAGUUGAUCUAAAAGAAGCCCGCCGGGGAGAGUGCCACAGAGUUGGAAGCCAAGCUUCGCCAUAUUGAACACAAACAAGUCCUCCGCGGGAAAAUAACUUCACUCAAGGAGA